AAUCAUUCAUAUUUUGAAUGUCGAAUUGUGAAUCGAUUCUCAAAUAUGCAAGGGAAAUUAAAACGAUCAGUGUUAUUAUUGUCGAAGGAAUAAUUCUAUCAAGCAUCAAAUAUUAGCAUUGCGAGAAAUAAAUAUGAAUACUGAGGUCAGCGAUUUUGUUUUCGUUACAUGGAACACCGAAGGUUCCAAUUGGGAGAAUGUCGCAAAGUUGAUGCUCAGCAAAGAAGGUGUAGACCGAAUCGAUGUUAUGGCUCUUCAAGAGUGUAGUGAACAUCCCAUCUCUGAUGAGCAUCCACAGGCGGCAAAAUCAGGUAUUGGAACCAUAUCUCUACCUGCCAAUGAAGUAGAAAAUAUUCAAAUAAAUCCUACACCGAAUCAACGAGACAAUUCUUCAGGAAUCACUACCUACCUAUGGCAUUUCAACACAGAAGCAGAGUUUUUUUUGUAUUAUCGAAACAACAAGAUAUUUACUGAAAUUGGUGCAGUUGGUGGAUCAGGAAAAAAGAGCCUGAGUAGUGCCUUUGUAACUAGAGUCGAGGCUACUAGAACUUUUUACAUGGCUCCAGUCGAUAAUAACGGUAGUCCAGUAAAUAAUAGUGACUACAAUAAAAACCGUCCUGUUAUUGGGAUUGAGGUGAAUGGUGUCGUGUAUUUCAACAUUCAUGGGUCGCAUCAGUAUAAUAAUUCUGUAAAUAAUACCAUUAGAAUUAUAAAAGAGUUUAUGGCAAGGAACCAUCCUGCAAUAAAAUGGGUAAUGAUGGGUGACUUCAAUAAAACGCCACUAGAGAUUAAUACUGCGGGAUUGUAUUUGAUGGAACCAAACACAGCCACUCGUGCUAAGAGCGGUAAGAUAAUUGAUUAUGCCAUAUCUAAUGAUUCAACCGUUGGGAAUAUGCAUAUACAUGUUUCACGUGACAAUCAUGGAUCAGACCAUUUUCCAGUGGAAUUUAUCAAUAAAAAUAUAAACCACAACAGUUUUGGAUCAUUUUAGCUUUCAUUAAUGACGGCACUAAAGAAGCCAUAAGAAAACCAUAGAUUUAUUGCCUAAAACGAUAAAAAAUAAAAUUCACAUAUAGUUGGCGCUGCAUUCUAUGCAAACUUGUUUUCCGUUGCA